GAGAGAAUCUAGCUAGUGAGGGAGGGGGAGACAUGGAGAGAGAAAAGGAGGAGGAGAAAGAAGAAGAAGAAGAAGAAGAGGACCUUGCCUGCAACUCGUCUUUCUUCUUAUACAACAAUUCGCUGAGGCCGGAGAUGGGUACUGUAAAACAUUGGGUUUUCGUAUGUUGCAGCCUCCUUGAAUGGGAGGCAUUUGAUCCAAAUCAACGCCAAUGGAUGCAUUUGCCUAAAAUGAAUUCUGAUUGCUUCAUGUGUUCUGACAAGGAGUCGUUGGCCGUUGGUACAGAACUCCUCGUUUUUGGAAAGGAAAUAACGUCCCAUGUUAUUUAUGGAUAUAGCAUUUUGUCCAACACGUGGUCAUCUGGCAUGAAAAUGAAUAUGCCAAGGUGCUUAUUUGGCUCUGCUAGUCUCGGGGAGAUUGCCAUUUUAGCUGGGGGUUAUGGUCCAAGUGGCAAUAUCUUGAGCUCUGCUGAGCUAUAUAAUUCAGAGACAGGAGAUUGGGUGACUCUUCCUAGCAUGAAUAAGCCAAGAAAAAUGUGCUCGGCAGUAUUCAUGGACGGAAAAUUUUAUGUUAUUGGUGGAAGUGGGGAGGGCAGCCCAAAGUCGCUUACAUGUGGGAAAGUGUAUGAUCUUGAGAAGAUGACUUGGACUGAGAUACCUGAUAUGUUCCCUGGCCUAAAUGGAGGGGCUGGAGUGACUGGGGCACCUCUUCUGCUCGCCGUUGUAAAUAACAUUUUGUAUGCUGCGGAUCAUGUAGGAAAGGGGUUGCUGAGAUACAACAAGGAAGAAAAUAAGUGGGAUAAAAUUGGGAGUUUACCUGAUAGGGCAGUCUCAAUGAACGGAUGGGGUUUAGCAUUUAGGGCAUGUGGAGAUCGGCUAAUGGUUAUUGGUGGACCAAGGGCUUUAGGCGGAGGAACGAUUGAACUAAAUUCUUGGAUCCCUGAUGAAGGGCCACCGGAAUGGAAUGUGCUUGCCAGCAAGCAAUCUGGCAGCUUUGUGUAUAACUGUGCGGUUAUGGGAUGCGGAGGUUUCCCAUUCUGCUGACAACUUAUAUAUGCUGCGUGGAGAGUCCUCUUCGAGUGGAAUUUACAAUCUUCGCUUUCAAGGAGAUAAAAUUUACAUUCUGUACUUCCAAGGAGUAGAAAACCUUUUUCAGUUGUGAUUUUUACCUUUCUGAAUGCAAUGUAUAUGAUAAUUAAGGUGGUUGUACUUACUUUUGAUCCAGUUAUAACUGGUAAAAGUGUGUGGGUUGUAUUUCUAUAUUAGUUUGUGCUUUCUUGUUCCUUCAUCUUUUGCUUUCCUGUGUUUCUGCUGUUUAACUGGAACUUUGUUAACUUUUGUUUUCUUCUUUCCUAUGGAAUAGAUGC